UUCAUUUAACUCAUGUUUCUGUAUUUCACUUUGUUUUCUUUCCUUACGCUUUCUUAAAUCUGAGUUUCACACACUACGUGGAAUGCUCUUUAGGUGUUCGAUAAAAUGCUUCAACCGAAUCUUUGUAAAUAAGGAGUUGUGGGGAUAGUAGAAAUUAAACAAGAAAAGUUUUAGUGAGGUUGAUAGUGCAUUUUCACGAUUUUUGUAGUCUGUCUGUAACAUGUAUUUAUUUGCAGGAACUGGAUAGUUUAGCCCCGUUGCAUUCACCGUGUAAUGGACGAUCCAUCGUUUUUUGAUCGGAUGAUCAGUCAUCUCCGUUCAACUUGCAAGUACUAUACUGGUUAUCCAAAGGAUCUUGGACCAUCCAAGGUUAUUCAUUUUACAUCUGAGCGUGAGUUUGUCACACUUCUUCAUGAAGGUUUUCCUGUGGUUGUUGCAUUUACUAUCAGGGGGAAUUACACUCGACAUCUUGACAAAGUAUUGGAAGAAGCUGCUGUUGAGUUUUAUCCUCAUGUAAAAUUUAUGCGUGUUGAAUGUCCGAAAUAUCCUGGGUUUUGUAUAACUCGGCAAAAGAAGGAGUAUCCAUUCAUUGAAAUAUUUCACAGUCCAACACAGGCAGAUAAACAGGGAAGGGUGGCUGAUCCGAAUAUUACUAAGUACAGUGUUAAAGUCUUGCCUUUCAACUACGAUUUAAGCGCUUAUGGAUUUAGAGAAUUCUUCAAGCGACACGGUAUGUGGUCAUCAGAUUCAAAGUAAGUUCCAGCGGAAGGGUUUUAUGUUUCAUAUGUUGAAGAGCCACCUGAUCAUACUCUCUACCUAUCAUCACAAGUUCACAACUAAUGGAAAAUAUUAUUUGGUUUAAGUUCUCGUCAGGGGCUUUAUUCAUUGUUCCUUUGUGUUGGCAUCUUAGUAUUUCCAUGUUUAUGUUCUCCAACUUCUAGAAUAGAACCUACAAGACGUUUCUCAUCAAACCCUAUCUGUUAAUUUGUCUAUCAACUACUUGAAUCCUAGAGGCUUCUUUGGAAAGCAAGAUAAACUGCUUGUCUUAAAAGUUGGAUAUGCGAUAUAUUCUUUUGUGUUCUAUAAAUUGAGUGAGAAAUUAUUGCAA